ACCCUCGCUUUUGUGAUCUAGCUUAUCCUCGCUUUUGUGACCCAGCUUUAUAGCUAUCUAAGUUCAAGUUUGCAUUCUCGAGUAAAUGUUGCAAGGAGCUUUUUAUUUCAUGCAUGCUCAAGCAUGCUUGCGUUGCAAGUUUACUCUGUGCUCGCCUCUGAAAAGAACUAGUACCCGGCCCGCUGUCGUCUUCCUUUCCCUCCUUUUCUGGUUCCACGAAGGAGAGGGAACACUAGGAAACCAAGCCAGCAUCUGAUCUUUAUUAGCUGCUUCUCUGUUCCUAGCUCCUCCCAUAUGGGAGUACUUCGCCAAGGCAACACACGGGGCAAACAGGCAUUGCGAGAUCUACCCUACCGCCAACCCAUGCGUUGCAAUCGCAAGUAGUAGACGUGAGACAGGACUUGAUCGUCCAAAGACCUACCCUUUCUUCUUGCUUGGGAUUGCACUGGACUAGACUCCAUUGUUUGACCGCGGACGAUGCAGAUGUUUCUGAUGGAGAUGGACAGACAGGAUUUGGACCAUGGAUGCCCUGUCGGCCCAACUCCCUUUUCAGCAUUCAAUCUGUCAACCCACAGCGGAGCUAGGGACAGUUGGUCUGCGCAAACCAAAGUAGACUUGAACCAAGGACCUACUUUGAUGAUGAUUUAUUAGAGUUUUCUAAACAGAAGAACUCAGAAGCUGCUCUGCUAUAAUGGCUCUGCUAUAAGGUGGAGAAGAGAAGCCGAUGGCCGCAGCCGAGGUCCUGACGGCCGCAUGGGAGGAAUGGGGCCUGCGGGCGCUGGUGCUGCUCAGCCUAACGGUGCAGGUGACGCUCCACAUCCUGGCGGAGUUCCGGCGCCACGUCGACUCCGGCGCGCUGAGGGCCGUGGUAUGGUCGGCGUACAUGGCGGCCGACGCGACGGCGGUCUACGUGCUGGGCCACCUGUCCGUGGCCAGCCGGUCGCCGGAGCGCGAGCUGACGGCGCUGUGGGCGCCGUUCCUGCUGCUGCACCUGGGCGGGCAGGACAAGAUGACGGCCUACGCCAUCGAGGACAACCAGCUGUGGCUGCGCCACCUGCAGACGCUCGUCGUCCAGGUGGCCGCCGCCGCCUACGUGGUCUACGGGUCCUCCGCCAUCGUCGGCGCGCGCCGGCUCCCCUUGCUCCUCGCGGCCACCGUCACCAUGUCCGCCGUCGGCGUCGUCAAGUACGGGGAGCGAGUGUGGGCGCUCCGGCGCGCCGGCACUAGCCCGACCGGCAACUACAGCAGCGACAUCGGGAAGAGGAGGUUCAACCUGGCGGUGCCCGAUUCUUUCAUCAGCCGCUUGGAUCCCGCGGAGACCUACCUGCUGCACGCUCACCUGCUGCUGGACAUGGCCAAGGACAGGUUCAAGGGUCCGCUACCGCGUCUGUAUCUGUGCGGGCCCGGCAGCCAGGAAACGCAGCUGCACGGCGAGGAGGAGCUGUACAAGGUGGCCGAGCUGCAGCUGUCGCUCCUGCACGACGUCUUCUACACCAAGGCCGAGGCCACGCACACCUGGUGCGGCCUCUGCGCCCGCGUGCUGUCGUCGCUGGCCACCGCCGCCGCGUUCGUGCUGUUCAACGCGCUGCUCCUGGGCGCCCAUCGCCGCAAGCUGGAGGGCUACAGCAGAGGCGACGUGGCGGUCACCUACGUCCUCUUCGUCGGCGCCGUCGUGCUGGAGGCCGCGUCGCUCGUGAGGGCCGUGUUGUCGAGCUGGACAUGCGCGCUGCUUGUCAAGCACGGCUCCGAAGGCAGCGCGGUGUGCAACUCCCUAGCCCCCGCGGCCGUGUACCUCCGCCGGCUGGUCCGCGCGGCGGAGUGGAGGUGGUGGCGCUGCUGGUCGCGCUCUAUGGGGCAGCUCGGUCUGGUCCAGCUGUGCGUGCGCAGCAGGGCCAGCCGGUACAGCAGGGUCGCUAGAUGGAUGGGCGUGGAGGACUGGUGGAACACGAUGGCCUAUUCCGGCCCGUCCGUCCCCGUGUCGCCGGACGUCAGGAAGCUGCUGCUCAAGAGCCUGAAGGCGAGGCCGUGGGAUCGAGAGCAGUUCGAGAGCAGAGGGCUGUACGGCCGGGAGCUGGGCCUUGACUGGGUCGCAGAGUCGAAGCUGGAGGCGAGGAUCCUCGUCUGGCACGUCGCCACCGAGCUCUACCUGUACUGGUUUAACAAGGAUCAGCUGCCGCUGCCGCUGCCGGCCGCCGGUGCUGGUGUUGCGGACCUCGUCGAGGUCGCUCAGUCGCUGUCCAGCUACAUGCUCUUCCUGCUGGCAUCGCGCCCACACAUGCUGCCUCCCGACGCCAGCCGCAACGACUACCUCGUGGUGUGCUACGCUCUCACCACCCACGAGAGGUACAGCACAGCCGACGAUCUGCUCUCCUCGCUACAGCGCUUUGCGGACGCGCUGUGGGCCAACAACUCUGCGCCGGAGUACGAACUGCGUUGCAAGAAUACUAAUCGGCGUGGGUACAAGGUGUUGAGGGGAGGAUGCUCGCUUGCUGCGUUCCUCAUCCACCACCAACACCAAGAAGACUCCUCCUCCUCCUCCUCCUCCUCGCCUGCCGGUGGCACCGGCACCCUGGAAAUGAUCUGCAGGGUGUGGGCGCAGAUGCUGUGCUGCGUUGCCGACGAGUGCAGCGCCAAUUCUCAUGCAAAGCAACUCAGCGGCGGCGGCGAGUUCCUUACUGUCGUUGCUCUUGUAGCCAAAUUCAUGAGGUCCAAGAGGUUGUCCUGGCACUUGCACAUAGAAUCUCAGCGUACAGACGAAUGGUAAAUUAUACGUACUAGCUAGGUAGGGCGACUGCUUCUACAAGUAUGGCCAUGCCUGUUCUGUGUGUGCACUGGUCGUUUGUUUGGUUUACUGGUCAUCUGCAAGCUGGCCACAAGUAGUAGGUGGUGUUUUUA